AUGAGAAGAAAUUUCAACAACUACUCCAACGCAACAACAACACAUGACAAGAAAUACCCAAGGUUCACCUACUUUGGUAACUUUGUAGUCAACAGGUCAUCACAACAAUUCACCGACGAACAGAUCAACACACUAAACAUGGGACUGAACUACGCAGUAACAACGACACCAAACAUCAGAGAACACUAUCAUCAUCAAAAGAAGAGGAACCCUGAAGUCCGCGUCGCCAAGAAACUGAAAGAAAAACCAGUAUACUACGUGAAGGCAGACAAAGGUAACAAGGUGUUUAUAAUGGACAAGGAGGAUUACGAUAAUCAGAGGCUCGAUAAAAUCAACAACGGCCCAUAUAGACAGCAAAGAAACGACCCACUACCCGAAAUAGUUAAACGAGCUAAUCGUACUAUUAAAGAGUGCCAACCUGCGUUAGGAGACUGCAUCGGAAAACUACGGACAUCAAGCUCUACAUUACAAAGAAUUAAAGGACAGCCCAAAAUACACAAACCAGAAACAGAAAUGCGGGAAAUAAUCACGGCAAACGGAUCACCCACGGAAAAGAUUGCCAAGUGGUUGGUAACCGAGUUCCAAAGAAUGCCAAUAAAAUUCCCGAGCCGUUCUGUCAGCAGCACACGAGAAUUCGUCGAGCACCUAAAACAUCGGGAGAACUAG